UCACCGAUCUUCUUCUGCUUCACCGCCGGAUUCCAUAUUGCAAACCACUCUGGCCGUCCGGGUGAUGAUGCGGUCGCCGCCGACUCCUUCUUCAGAUGAGACGGAAAGGAGGCGAGGUCUGCGUCAAGAAAUGAAAGCGUGGAUGAGGGGUGAGGGGACAGUCGAUGUACUUCGAUGGGCGUCACCGGGGCUGGACCGGGACGACCCACUCGUUCUGUUGUCUUUGUUCGCUUGACGUUCGGUUCUCGAGCGUCGCGAUCGCUGCGCUCUGAGACAAUGACGUUUGUGCUCGUCCCACGCUCUCGGUCCCGUUCUCGUUCCGGGUGCCGGUCCGUUAUCGACUGUGUAGAAGAGGAAGGGUGCAGCGGAGGCCGAUGAGAGUGGUGAUGAUAGGCGAGCGAUGAUUGAGGUGGAGGUUGAUGGCCAUGCCUCAGCAUGUGCAAUUCCUCUCGAAGACGAGCCAACUCCUGUUCAUAUUUCGCUCGCACUUUGCUGUGUUGCGUUUCCAGCUCGUACAAGGAUUGUCGGAUGAUAUUGAGCUCGUUGACUUGGGCAGUCACUGCAGGCACGAUUCAGGAACCGAAAAUGAGACCAUUCCGCCGAUGCGGGCGUGAAAACGCGCAUAUAGGCACAGAAAGUUGUGGACGGACGCACGCGUGGCUUCGCAGUCCUCUCUUUCCCUGCGUACAAGCGCGACUUCGCUCGUGAGAUGGUCGAAUUCCGCUUUGACCACGUCCAAUGCCUCUGUUAUCAAGGCUGCUCCCGUGGCCCCAGAAACCAGAUUGGGGACCCCGGCACGCAGUGCAGCCAUUUCGAGGACCAGAAGAACAGACGCGGAAAGAAAGGAGCGAAGGGCACGGUGGAGAAAAGAAGGAUAUAUGGUUUCGACAGUGACCGCGGGACAGGCCGCCUGCACUUAGUCAAGGUUUGCGUAAGGCGCUGAAAGCCAGGAUGUCAGUCGAAUCACAAGGCACGGACAACCGAGUAGAGGUGGCAAGGAGUAGAAGACACCGGUGAACCAAGCUGCAGACGGUCAAUCCAAGCGCGGAUAUCGAUGCGGGUAAAAUGGAAAUGGUGUAGGACCUGUCGAUUCGGGACGCCGCGCCGCGGAGGGUCGGCGAUUCAGCUAGCUGCCUUUCGGGCACGUAGAGCUUAACCAUAACACACGCGAGUCAAGUUGAAUGCCGGAUUCUAGAGGCCGGGCACGACAGCACAGCUGCUUGCAAGACUGGAAAUUCUCUCGGAAAGCUAUCCGGCACAUCGGCCCGGAAAUUGAUUCGGCAAUUUGUUCGUCUCAUACUCAUGUCCGAACCACUACCUAGAGACAUCUUGAUCCUAUACGCAACUGAAACCGGAACAGCACAAGAUGCAGCUGAGAAAGUGGCUCGCCAUUGUCGUCGAAUCCACUUCACUUGCCGUGUUCUGAGCACAGAUGAAUAUUCUCUGUCAGAUCUUGUAUCCGAACCUCUCGUGUUGUUCAUUGUCGCCACAACUGGCUCGGGUGUGGAGCCACGGUCUAUGGCCACGAUGUGGAGAACUCUCCUUCGCUCUGACCUGCCGUCCGAUCUCUUCGACGAGCUUGCAUUCGCUGUCUUUGGUCUUGGUGACUCUUCUUACGAAAAGUUCUGCUGGGCAGCGAAGAAGCUAUCAAGGCGAAUGGCGAGUCUAGGGGCUCUGGAGAUCUGUGAACGGGGAGAGGGCGACGAUCAAGAUUCUCGCGGGAUUGAUGGAAGCCUCGACCUCUGGAUUAAAAAAGUGUUGGAGGUGUUGCUGGAGCGGUUCCCAUUGCCAGACCAUUUGACGAUUGUCCCAGCUGACCGGGUUCCACCUCCCAGAGCCAAAGUGGACCGAGGCGCACACUGGUCCCUGCAGAAAUCCGAUUCACUUGAUAAUAUGACAGGAUACCACACUGCUACACUGAAAUCCAAUACUCGAAUAACUGCUCCGGAUUGGAAUCAAGAUGUUCGUCAUUUCGAAUUUUCAUUUCAAGAUCAGAUACAAUACUCUCCGGGAGAUGUUGCAGUGAUCCGUCCAGCUGCGUUUCCGGAUGAGGUUGAAGCAUUCUUGGAAUGCCUUGGCUGGCUAGAUAUUGCAGAUGCUGCCUUCCAUGUCGAAUCAAAUCUGAUGGACCAGAAGCUACCUGAGCAUUUACCCGACGUUGUCACUCCCCGAAUGCUUUUCACGGAAUACCUCGACUUCAAUGCAGUUCCGCGACGGACCUUUUUUGAGUAUCUCUCAUUCUUCACCAAGAAUGAAUUGGAGCUGGAACGACUCCAAGAGCUUUUAUCUUACGAAAACGCGGAUGAGCUCUAUGAUUACUGUUUCCGAGUUCGAAGAACGAUUUUCGAGGUACUCUCAGAAUUCCGCAACGUCGAAAUACCACUGCAAUAUGUUUUCGAUGUAUUUCCCACCAUGCGGCCGCGCCAUUUUUCGAUCGCAAGCUCGGCCAAAAAGUUUCCCCAGGAAGUGCAGCUCUGCGUCGCUAUUGUGAAAUAUAGGACCAAGUUGAAGGUCCCGCGGCGAGGAGUCUGCACGAGCUACCUGGCAUCCUUGAAGCCUGGACAAAAUGUUCAAGUUCGUCUGCAACGGGGUUUUAUCGACAUGCCGAAGGAUCCCCGUACGCCAAUUAUCUGCAUCGGGCCGGGAACGGGUAUUGCCCCGAUGCGCGCAAUCAUUCAAGAGCGCAAUGAAAUCCAUGCCUUUGCAAACACUCUUUACUUCGGGUGUCGGUCCUCUGACAAGGACGAACAUUACGGAGGCGAAUGGCGCCAACUUUGCCAAGAUUCCCAAAUGGCUUAUCGCGUAGCGUUUUCACGAGACGGUGCCCCAGGGCAACCUCGAGUCUACGUGCAAGAUCUCAUGCGACAGGACGCCGGGCGCAUUUGGUCGCUGCUCGAGGCGGGUGCGAUCGUCUUCAUUUCAGGAUCUUCCAAUAAAAUGCCUGCCGCAGUGAAAAGUGCACUGGCUUACGCUGCCGAGACGCACGGCGGACUCGAAUUGAAGCAAACGGCCGACUGGAUUACAUCACUGGAGAAUGCAGGCCGACUGUUUGAAGAAUGCUGGAGUUGAAACUGGAUAUACGAGAUACAAAUCCGACGGCCAUGCACGCAACGUGCUUUUGUAAAUUCUGACUACGAUGCAAAUUGAUUUACUCGGGCUUGUGGUCCGGACGCAGGGAGCGGACCACUUUUCCAGCACGCCAUAUCUCUUGGUUGUCAAUCUCAGCAAGUUCCCGAGCGAGAUCUUCACGGUAAGUGGACCGGCCGUUGUACUCGAGCGACUUGCGGGUCUCAGUGCCGUUGCGAACACUCUCGUACAGCUGCUCGAAAAUCGGAACGUUGGCCUUCUCGAAGAUUGGUGCCCAAUCCAAAGCACCGCGACGAGCCGUUGUCGAGCAAGCGUUGUACAUAUAGUCCAUGCUACAAGUGAAAUCAGGCUAUGCUCGCAGCUCAGUUCAAGAUUACUUACCCGUACUGUCCAAUCAAGGGGUAGAGCGAUUGGGUUGCCUCCUCGACAGUCUCGUUGAAGGCUUCGGACGGGGUGUGUCCGUUUUUACGCAGGACCUGGUACUGAGCAAGGAAGAGUCCCUCUGAUGAUAGACGUCAGUCACCAAUUUAAAAGCAAUAGACAUACGCACGGAUUGCUCCCAUGAGCUAACAACGAGACGCGUCAGAAAUAGGAUCGAGACCGCGUCGAAAAAAAACCCACCACACCACGCUCACCAUACAGGUCUGAGUACACUUCCUUUUCGAAAGUGGUAUCAUACAUGUAGCCAGAACCAAUACCAACGCCAAGAGCAAUGGCCUUCUCCUUCGCCGUGCCAGUCACGUCCUGGAAGACUGCCACGCUGGAGUUGAUGCCGCGUCCCUCCUUGAAAAGAGUGCGGACAGUACGGCCCGAACCCUUGGGGGCAACAAGAAUGACGUCCACAUCAGAGGGAGGAAUGACACCGGUGUCCUGCUUGUAGACGACGGAGAAUCCGUGAGAGAAAUAGAGGGUCUUGCCCUUGGUGAUCAACGGGGCAAUGGUGGGCCAUGUCUGAGACUGAGCAGCGUCUGAGAGCAGGUUCAUGAUGAUCGUUCCACGGUCAAUGGCCUCCUCGAUGGGAAACAGAGUCUCCCCAGGAACCUAUUGCAAAAUUCAUGGAUUGAAUCAAGGGACAGCGUCAGCAACUCACCCAGCCAUCUUCCAUAGCUUGCUUCCAGCUCUCCCCGUCCUUGCGCACACCAACGAUGACGUUCAAGCCAUUGUCGCGGGCGUUCAAACCCUGGCCAUGGCCUUGCGACCCAUACCCAAUCAAGGCAAGAGUGUCAUUCUUGAAGUAGUCUUGCAGUUUGGCGAGGGGCCAGUCCGCGCGCUCGUAGACAGUCUCCUCAGUGCCAGCAAAGUUCAGAGUUUUGAUACCCCGAGCAGCCUAGUAUACGUUAGUAAGUGAAUGAAGUCUAAGGGAAGCAGACUUACGACAGGAGUACUGCCUGCGACCUUAGCAGCAACGGCGCGAGCCAACAGCGAGUAAGAGGCCGUUUGCGCAGGUUUCAGAGCAGCGCCGGAGAGGCCACGCGGUGCGCGACGAGAAGCUGCACGGAUAGCGUUUGAAGUGGCACGAGCGAGAGUGGACAUGGAAGAAGGAAAGAAAGAGUUGACUUUUUU